CCACCAGGGGGAGCCGCGUUCGCUCUGGGUGGGUCGUGGACCCUGGGCUCGCCAGGCCCGGGCUGGCGUGGGAACGCCCUAGGGCAGGGGUGCCCGAGCUGGCCGGAGGGAAGCCCCCAAACCCGGGACUGGAGGCCUGACUGCCAGACCUACGACAAAUUCUGAAGUGAAAGGAAACAUCUGAGCCCUGGUUCUCCACUUGGUGAAGAUGAAGGAUAUUGACAUGGGAACAGAGUACGUCAUCCCCAGUCCCGGGUAUAGAAGUGUGAGGGAGAGAAGCAGCGUGCCUGGACAACACAGAGAUCGAGAAGAACCCCGGUUCCAGAGAGCAAGACCGUUGGAAUGCCAAGAUGCCCUAGAAACAGCAGCCCGAGUUGAGGGCCUUUCCCUGGAUGUCUCUGUGCACUCUCAUCUCCGAAUUCUGGACGAGGAGCAUACCAAGGGAAAAUACCACCAUGGCUUAAGUGCCCUGAAGCCCUUCCGGACCACUUCGAAGCACCAGCACCCAGUGGACAAUGCUGGACUUUUCUCCUACAUGACCUUUUCAUGGCUCUCUCCUCUGGCCCGAGUGGUUCACAAGAAGGGGGAGCUGUUGAUGGAGGAUGUGUGGUCUCUGUCCAAGUAUGAGUCUUCUGAUGUGAACUGCAGAAGACUGGAGAGACUGUGGCAAGAAGAGCUGAAUGAUGCUGGGCCCGCCGCCGCCUCCCUGCGAAGGGUUGUGUGGAUCUUUUGUCGCACCAGGCUCAUCCUCUCCAUCGUGUGCCUGAUGAUCACCCAGCUGGCUGGCUUCAGUGGACCAGCCUUCGUGGUGAAACACCUCUUGGAGUACACCCAAGCAACAGAAUCUAACCUGCAGUACAGCUUGCUGUUAGUGCUAGGCCUCCUCCUGACAGAGGUUGUACGUUCCUGGUCGCUUGCGCUGACUUGGGCAUUGAAUUACCGAACUGGUGUCCGGUUGCGGGGGGCUGUUCUGACCAUGGCAUUCAAGAAGAUCCUGAAGUUAAAGAACAUUAAGGAAAAGUCCCUGGGUGAGCUCAUCAAUAUCUGCUCCAAUGAUGGGCAGAGGAUGUUUGAGGCAGCCGCUGUGGGCAGCUUGCUGGCUGGAGGACCUGUUGUUGCCAUCUUGGGCAUGAUUUAUAAUGUAAUCAUUUUAGGACCAACGGGCUUUUUGGGAUCAGCUGUGUUUAUCCUUUUUUAUCCAGCAAUGAUGUUCAUGUCGCGGCUCACUGCGUAUUUCAGGAGGAAGUGUGUAGCUGCUACAGAUGACCGUGUCCAGAAGAUGAAUGAAGUUCUCACCUAUAUCAAAUUUAUUAAAAUGUAUGCCUGGGUCAAAGCGUUUUCUCAGAGUGUUCAAAAAAUCCGAGAGGAGGAGCGUCGGAUACUGGAAAAAGCAGGGUACUUUCAGAGCAUCACCGUUGGAGUGGCUCCCAUUGUUGUGGUGAUUGCCAGUGUGGUGACAUUCUCUGUUCACAUGACCCUGGGCUUUGACCUGACUGCAGCGCAGGCCUUCACAGUGGUGACUGUCUUCAAUUCCAUGACUUUUGCUUUAAAAGUAACACCCUUCUCAGUGAAGUCCCUCUCUGAAGCAUCGGUUGCUGUUGACAGAUUUAAGAGUUUGUUUCUAAUGGAAGAGGUUCACAUGAUAAAGAACAAACCGGCCAGCCCUCACAUCAAGAUAGAGAUGAAAAAUGCCACCUUGGCAUGGGACUCCUCCCACUCCAGUAUACAGAACUCACCCAAGCUGACCCCUAAAAUGAAAAAAGACAAGAGGGCUACCAGGGGCAAGAAAGAGAAGUCGAGGAAGCUGCAGCACACUGAGCACCAGGCGGUGCUGGCAGAGCAGAAAGGACAUCUCCUUCUGGAUAGUGAUGAGCGGCCCAGUCCGGAAGAGGAAGAAGGCAAGCAGAUCCACGCAGGGAGCCCGCGUCUGCAGAGGACACUGUACAGCGUUGACCUAGAAAUCGAAGAGGGCAAACUGGUUGGAAUCUGUGGCAGUGUGGGAAGUGGAAAAACCUCUCUCAUUUCAGCUAUUUUAGGCCAGAUGACACUCCUAGAGGGCAGCAUCGCAGUCAAUGGGACCUUUGCUUAUGUGGCCCAACAGGCCUGGAUUCUCAAUGCCACUCUGAGAGACAAUAUUCUCUUUGGGAAGGAAUUUGAUGAAGAAAGAUACAACUCUGUGUUGAAUAGCUGUUGCCUGCGGCCUGACUUGGCCAUUCUCCCCAACAGUGACCUGACUGAGAUUGGAGAGCGAGGAGCCAACCUGAGUGGUGGGCAGCGCCAGAGAAUCAGCCUUGCUCGGGCCCUGUAUAGUGACAGAAGCAUCUACAUCCUGGAUGACCCGCUCAGUGCCUUAGAUGCCCAUGUAGGCAACCACAUCUUUAACAGUGCUAUCCGGAAGCACCUCAAGUCUAAGACGGUUCUGUUUGUUACACACCAGUUACAGUACCUCGUUGAUUGUGAUGAAGUUAUCUUCAUGAGAGAGGGCUGCAUUACAGAAAGAGGUACCCACGAGGAGCUGAUGAACUUAAAUGGGGAUUACGCAACUAUUUUUAAUAACCUGUUACUGGGAGAGACACCCCCAGUUGAGAUUAAUUCAAAAAAGGAAGCUAGUGGUUCACAGAAGAAAUCGCAAGACAAGGGCCCUAAGCCAGGGUCAGUGAAGAAAGAGAAGGCAGUGAAGUCAGAGGAAGGGCAGCUCGUGCAAGUGGAGGAGAAAGGGCAAGGCUCUGUGCCUUGGUCAGUCUAUGGCGUCUACAUCCAGGCCGCAGGGGGUCCCUUGGCUUUCCUGGUCAUCAUGGUCCUUUUCAUGCUGAAUGUGGGCAGCACUGCCUUCAGCACUUGGUGGUUGAGCUACUGGAUCAAGCAAGGAAGUGGGAACACCACAGUGUCUCAAGGGAACAGAAGCACCGUGAGCGAGAGCAUGAAGGACAAUCCCUUCAUGCAGUACUACGCGAGCAUCUAUGCCCUCUCCAUGGUCGUCAUGCUAGUCUUGAAAGCCAUUCGAGGAGUUGUCUUUGUUAAGGGAACACUGAGAGCCUCCUCCCGGCUCCAUGACGAGCUUUUCCGGAGGAUUCUUCGGAGCCCCAUGAAGUUUUUUGACACUACUCCAACGGGAAGGAUUCUCAACCGCUUUUCCAAAGACAUGGAUGAAGUGGAUGUGCGCCUGCCAUUCCAGGCCGAGAUGUUUAUCCAGAAUGUGAUCCUGGUGUUUUUCUGUGUUGGAAUGAUCGCAGGAGUCUUCCCAUGGUUCCUUGUGGCAGUGGGGCCUCUCUUCAUCCUCUUUUCAGUUCUACACAUUGUCGCCAGGGUUCUGAUCCGUGAGCUGAAGCGUCUGGACAACAUCACACAGUCUCCUUUCCUCUCCCACAUCACGUCCAGCAUACAGGGCCUCGCCACCAUCCACGCCUAUAACCGAGGCCAGGAGUUUCUGCACAGGUAUCAGGAGCUACUGGAUGACAACCAAGCUCCUUUUUUCUUGUUCACUUGUGCAAUGAGGUGGCUGGCAGUGCGGCUGGACCUCAUCAGUAUCGCCCUGAUCACCACCACUGGGCUGAUGAUUGUUCUCAUGCACGGACAGAUUCCCCCAGCCUAUGCCGGCCUGGCCAUCUCUUACGCUGUGCAGCUAACCGGACUCUUCCAGUUUACAGUUAGACUGGCAUCUGAGACAGAAGCACGCUUCACUUCGGUGGAAAGGAUCAACCACUACAUAAAGACUCUCUCUUUGGAAGCACCUGCCAGAAUCAAGAACAAGGCUCCUCCUCCUGACUGGCCCCAGGAGGGAGAAGUAACCUUUGAGAAUGCAGAAAUGAGAUACAGGGAAAAUCUCCCUCUGGUCCUUAAGAAAGUGUCCUUCACCAUCAAGCCCAAGGAGAAGAUUGGCAUUGUGGGACGAACAGGGUCAGGGAAGUCCUCUCUGGGGAUGGCCCUCUUCCGUCUGGUGGAGUUAUCUGGAGGCUGUAUCAAGAUUGACGGAGUGAGAAUCAGUGACAUCGGCCUGGCCGACCUCCGAAGCAAGCUGUCCAUCAUUCCUCAGGAGCCCGUACUGUUCAGUGGCACUGUCAGAUCAAACCUGGACCCUUUCAACCAGUACACGGAAGACCAGAUCUGGGAUGCCCUAGAGAGAACGCACAUGAAGGAGUGUAUUGCCCAGCUACCUCUGAAACUUGAAUCUGAAGUGAUGGAGAAUGGGGACAACUUCUCAGUGGGAGAACGGCAGCUGCUGUGCAUAGCGAGGGCCCUGCUGCGUCACUGUAAGAUUCUGAUUUUAGAUGAAGCCACAGCUGCUAUGGACACGGAGACAGACUUGCUGAUUCAAGAGACCAUCCGGGAAGCGUUUGCAGACUGCACCAUGCUCACCAUUGCCCAUCGCCUCCACACAGUUCUGGGCUCUGAUAGGAUUAUGGUGCUGGCUCAGGGACAGAACUCAGGACCACCAGCCCAGGGAUACCAGCCACAUGGACUGAUUCAAGAGACCAUCCGGGAAGCGUUUGCAGACUGCACCAUGCUCACCAUUGCCCAUCGCCUCCACACAGUUCUGGGCUCUGAUAGGAUUAUGGUGCUGGCUCAGGGACAGGUGGUGGAGUUUGACACCCCAUCGGUCCUUCUGUCCAAUGACAGUUCCAGGUUCUAUGCCAUGUUUGCUGCUGCAGAGAACAAGGUGGCUGUCAAGGGCUGACUCCUCCCAUCUGUGAAGUGUCCUCCUCAGAGCGUUGCCAUUCUCUUCCUGGUUUGGGCCCUUCAUCCUGUCCUGCUGAAACCUUGCCUUUCCCAGUUUUAUCUCUUACACAACAGUUCAGGAUUAGCUGUGUUUCACUUUUAGGGAAAGUCAUAUUUUGAUUAUUGUAUUUAUUCCCUAUUCACUUAAAUGAAAUUUAGUUUUUGUUCUUAAUUGCACUCUUAAGAGGUUCAGGGAACCAUUACUAUAAAUGUAUCAGUGGCCUAUAAUGAAGCUUUAUAUGUGUAGCUAUGUCUAUAUAUAAUUCUGUAUAUAGCCUAUAUUUACAGUAAAAAUGUAAGCAGUUUAUUUUCUAUUAAAGCGAGCACUGUGCUAACAGCAGUGCACAUUCAUUUCUAUCGUUUUUGUACAGCUGACUGCACUAGAGAUCUCAUUUUGCUCUUAGCUGUAGGAAAGGCAGUGUUUCCUCUCUAGCUGGUCGUUUCACGGUGCUGGGCUCUCUAGGUGUCCAGAGGAAGCCACGUGGCAGCAGUGGGCCCUCCGUAGCCUGCUCCAUGGACUCCCCAGUGGGAACCCCUUGUAGCUGGGCUGCAGGAGGCCUUGCAGAGCACCGUGAAUUCUCAGGGCUCCUGCUUUCCUGUCCUGGUGUCACUUCCUGUCUAUGUCAGAGCAGUGGGGCAAAGCCUCGCCCCUUUUCCCUCUCAGGAAUGAGAACCCCAGCGUUCUCCAGAGGGGAGAGUUUCUUUCUGCCUUCCUCCUUCUGCUGUUGUUUCUAAGCAAGAUCCAGUCUGCUCCCGGCGUCCCAUGCUUCAGGUUCCUGACGCUGGCCACCACAGAGCUCCCGAGCUCUUCGGCCAGUUGGCUCCCAGCCCUGGGGUCCACUGCUGCUGUUGUAGGUGGCAUUUUUGUUUGCCUGACCCCACACCUCCAGAGCUCAGUGACAGGGCUCAGGAGUGUGGGGUCCAUUCUUCCUCACUUCAGUCUCCUCUGCAAAGCCUGCACCCCUCAGCAGCUCUUGCUAAUCAGUGUCUCACACUGGUAUAGAAGUUUUUUGUACUGUAAAGAGACCUACCUCAGGUUGCUGAUUGCUGUGUGGUUCAGUGUGUUUCUGCAGACCCCCUUUGUGCUCUGGGGCCCGUAGCUUGGGUGGGUGUGGUUGCCACUAUCAUCAGUCGAGUGGUCAGCGUUGCAUGUCGUGACCAACUAGACUUUCUGUCGCCUUAGCAUGUUUGCUAAACACCUUAUGAAAGCAAAAAAUCUGAAAAAGUGAAUAAAAUUAUUUUGGAUUUGUAAAA